AUGCCAAAGGGAAGCCGCGUUGAUGACGCGCUAAUGAUCAAUGAUGAAAAUGACCGCAUAUUAGAAAUGUGGUUUCAUGCUCGAGCAAGUGAAAAAUUCUGUAAGCAACGAGACCCAUCGGACAUUAUUUUUGUAGCGAAUGUGGCGGGUCAAGAAGAUAGAAAAACUCUAUCAAGUAGUCUAGAUCAUGCUGAAUCUGUACCGGAGUCUCUUGAAGUUUGUUUUGUACGCCAAAAGAUCACUCUUUCGCUCCCCGUCUUGGAACAAUUUGCAAACAACAUUCAUACUGUUGCUAUGUACGCACGACCACCACAAGAACGAACAGAAGAAGGAACUACUAUUAACCAAAAAUCAGCAAAACCAACGGGAAAAAAAGAACGAUCAAAAAAAGUUGAAGAUGCAUUUGCAUUAGAGGGAGCAGAACAAUUAUUUUUUGCAAACUUUGAUUUAGUUGAUCUUUUGAGGAUGCCAUCUGUACGGGUUUCGGUACCUGUACAAGCAGACUCUGAGUUGCAGGAUUGUGUUGUUGAAAUUUCUUGCGGCACCCCACUUUUGACACCGGUAAAACUUAAAAAAUAUCGUCCACUUAAUAUUGAGGUACACGCCAUUUACAAUCUUCCGAGAAGUAAUCACCUAAACGAACCUGUAUUUAUUUCACUAAAAUUAGGUGAUAUUCAUUUUCACUCACCGGAGAUUUAUUUGGCACCAGAUGGAAAAAUUAUGUUUCGUCGAGUAAUAUUUUUGGGUACUCGUACACCUUUAGCGGUUUAUCAAGAUAUGUUUUUUAAAAAGCUGGAAGUUUCUGUAUUUAUAGGGACGAGUAUUUGUGUGGGGACUGGUACUGUAUCACUGCGUUCAGCAGUUACAGAUCAACAAACACAAUUUAGUGAAAUGGUAACUCUUUUACCUUGCCGUACCACACCUUAUUUGGGUGAUAGUUGUCUUACCAAAGAUACUAUAGUUUCACUACGAUUAGAUUUGUUUACUCCGUUACCGCCUUUAAAACAUGUUUUAAGUGAUGGUCGUCCUGCCAAUGGUUGUUUUCUUACUCGAGGUAUUAUUCGAAUGCCUUAUAAAGCAAAAUGGAUAGCAGGUGCAAUGGAGGCUUUUAUUACUACACUCCUUCAGCUAAAAAAGGCACGUCAGGGAAGUGAUGUUUACCAACUUAUUUUACCUCCAAUAGAAUCAGAUAUUGUAACAACCAAAGAAAAGAAGAAAGAACGAAGUAAGACUUCCAAGAGCCAACCUGUAGUCCCUUUACGACCACCUUCUCCACCUUCUGCGUUUGAUUCCCCGUUUGGGGUUGUAACCCCACCGGGGAUCAGUGGCUUUGAGGUAAUGGAUGAUAAUGUUCGCAUUAUUUGUGUAGAAGGACCUGCUGUAGAGGUACACAAAAUCCUUGAAUGUGUUAGUGCAGCAGCAGGUGAUGAUCCUCAACUUGCUCUUUUAAUGAACGUAGAACUUUUUGUCCCUAAACGUAAUUAUUUGGUUUUUCCACCUCUCGUAACUGUACCACAAAUAGCGAAUGAAUCUUCAGCUGUUCCUGUAGCUGUAGAAGCCGCAGAUGUCGAUCCUAAAAAGAAUUUUACUUAUAAUAAUUCAGUAACACCACCUAAUCAAGGAUCUCGUCUUGCUGGAUAUGAGUCAGCUGGUGCAAUUCCUACAGAUACGAUGACUUCAUUAACAUCAAUGAGGGAGAAGGAUAAUAUGGAAGAUACUUUUGAUAAUGCAGAAGCAGAAGCCGGUGGUACUGGAGGAAGAAUUCAUCGAAUACGCAUAAGAGAAACAAUUGAUUCAUUGGUUUCACAACAAAAAUAUCUUUUAAAAAGGAUGCUAUCUGAAAGUUGUGUAAAUUGUUAUACAAAAUUAAGUUCCUUAUGUCAAUGCGUUUCUCUUCGAGAUGCCCUCGAAAGAGAUUUGUUUCCAACACCUGAAGAGCUAAUUGCAUUAGAACGUUCUUUUGGAGUUACACUUGAAUUAUCUGAUGUUUUUGGAAAAGAAGAGUUUGUAAAUGUUGUGGUAACAAAAGAAUUAGAAGAUUUUUCUUACCAUGAAGUUGAGGAAGAUAGUAGUAGUGGUAUUGAUGUGACAUCUUUGCGGUGGUCUGAUAUAGGAAAAACUGUUAUAUUUCAAGCAACUAGAAAUAUGUCUAAACGAAAACGAAUCCCAGAUUUUUUACAGGAACGAUAUCGACACAUUUGUUGGAUGCGAAUGCUAGAUACCCGGAAAGAUGUAUUAUGUGCCUUUCCUGCUGGGUCUCAACCUGGUGGUACAAUUCGUUAUCUUGUGGAAGCACAGGUUGUUCGUUGCGAUAAUUUCUUGCUUUUGUACGCUUUGGGGUGCAAUUCACUUGCGAAGAGUUGUACAGAUUCACAUAAUCCAAGGUAUGAGGCUCACCUGACAGCCUUACGAAGACAAAAGACACAAAUGUUGCUAUUACGCAAUAGAAAGGGGAAAGACAUGCCUACAACUUCAACAAAUCUUCAACAGGUUGCUUCAAGAAAACAUGAAGAGAGCAGCGAUGAUGAUGAUGAUUAUGAUAAUUGUAAUAAUGAUAAUAACAAGAAGGCUUCAGCAGAUUCUCCUCCGUGUGAAGUAAUUACAGCAUCAACUUCUAAAACUGUUGUUCGUGAAAAAAAUAUGGUGGCACACAAUCGUAAAAAAAUUGCCUCACUAACGAAGAAGAUUCCAAGAAUUACAGAUGCAGAUUAUGAGUUGUGCUGGGAACUCUACCAUAGACGAAGUCCUGUUCUUCCCCCGAAGCCACAAAAGGGACCACCAAUGCACUUCUGA